UUACGGUUCGGAACAAACCUCGGUGGACUUGCUUAGGAGUGUCUGUAGCAGCAACCGUUACCCCGCGCUAUUGACUAAUAUUGGCAACCGGUACGAAGCUGCGCUGGUGGAACAGCCUGGCGGCAGCAGCGGGCACGAUGUCGGUGCAGCAGUACUGUCUGCGUUGGAACAAUCACCAGCCGAACUUCAUCUCCGUCUUCUCGACGCUGCUCCACAAUGAAAGUCUGGUCGACGUCACGUUGGCGGCCGAGGGUCGACAGCUGCAGGCCCACAAGGUGGUCCUGUCUGCGUGUAGUUCCUACUUUCAGACGCUUUUUACCUCGAAUCCCUGUCAGCAUCCGAUAGUGAUACUGAAAGAUGUGCAGUACAACGACCUAAAAACGAUGGUGGACUUCAUGUACUACGGGGAGGUGAAUGUGUCCACGGAACAGUUACCCCAGGUACUAAAGACGGCAGAAAUGCUGAAAAUCAAAGGUCUAGCAGAGAUGCCGGACGCGUCGGCGGUGUGUAAGGCCGAUGCUAACAAACUCGAUCAUUCGGACCUGGUGGGCGCCGGGCUGGGUCCAGGUGGAACAGGCGGAUCGGACUCAAUAUGGGCUACGGCCGAAGCUCAGCAACAGCAGGCGGCCGUAGCUCAACAACAAGCGCAGCAGCAGGCCCAGCAACAGCAAUACCACCAGCAGCUGCAAGCACAACAACCUCAGCUUCGAAGAACCCCCUCCCCAACCACCAAUAUGUCACCUGCGGCACGACGGAAGCGACUGAGAAAAACUUCCACCGGCUCGGGAUCGCUCUCUACGGAUCGGCUGCAGCAGCAACAGCAACUGCAUCAGCAUCAACACCACCAGCAGCAACAUCAGCAGCACCACCAACAGCAAGCCGAUGAGCACCACGCGAAUGCUGACGGAACGAUAAACAUCGUCCCCCAUCUGCACAUACAACAGCAGGUUGAAAACAUAUCGUACAGUACCAGUCACAGUGCGCUGGCUUCGCUAGCUGGAGCUGCGGGCAGUGCCGGCAACAACAUCCGAAUAAUCAAAGAAAGUCCCAGUUCGGACGUUGACCAUCAGCAGCACGAAUCAUCCCAGGAGAGUGUCGACGAGACUGGACAUCAUAUUCCAAGUAUCAUUAAAACGGAAGAUCUGAGUGGCAUGACCCAAACGAUACCGAUGGACAUCUCGGCGACAUCGACGAGCGUGGCCGCGGUCAAUAUUCCACAAUCGCAAUCUCAGCACAGUGGUAAGUGAUUUUUAUAUUCAAAU